AUGUAUAUAAUAUAUGUGAUUCUCCAUAGUACCAUAUUAUUCUCUAACUUCACUCUUCCUUCUUCGUCUGUUUCUCUCUCUCAUAUUGGUUCUUGAGAGAUAUCCGUGGACCUAAAAAAAUAAAGAGGCCAAUCUAGUAAAAAUGGGAAUAUAUUCUCUAAUCACAGGGAGAAGAGGGCCAAGUGGGUUUGGUUCAGCUUCAACUGCUGAAGAGGUUACUCAAGGGAUUGAUGCAACUCAUCUCACUGCAAUUAUCACAGGAGGGACAGGAGGAAUAGGGAUGGAGACAGCAAGGGUAAUGGCAAAGAGAGGUGCUCAUGUGGUGAUUGGUGCCCGAAACAUGGGAGCUGCAGAAAACGCCAAAACUGAGAUUCUCAGACAAAACGCAAACGCACGUGUCACCCUGCUCCACUUAGAUCUCUCUUCCUUCAAAUCCAUCAAAGCCUUUGUUCGCGACUUUCAUGCCCUCCAUCGUCCUCUCAAUAUACUCAUAAACAAUGCAGGAGUUAUGUUCUGUCCGUACCAACUCUCUGAAGAUGGAAUCGAACUGCAGUUUGCUACAAAUCACAUUGGUCAUUUUCUGUUGACAAACUUGCUCCUAGACACAAUGAAGAACACUGCUAAAACCAGUGGUGUUGAAGGAAGAAUUUUGAACCUAUCAUCCAUAGCUCAUAUCUAUACUUACCAAGAAGGAAUCCAAUUCAACAGCAUCAAUGACAUUUGCAGUUACUCGGAUAAAAAAGCUUACGGACAAUCGAAACUAGCCAAUAUAUUGCACGCUAAUGAGCUCUCGCGUCAGCUUCAGGAAGAGGGAGUGAACAUAACAGUGAAUUCAGUUCACCCAGGCCUCAUCCUCACCAAUCUCUUCCAACACACUGCUAUUUUAAUGAGGUUUUUGAAGUUCUUCAGCUUUUACUUGUGGAAAAAUAUACCUCAGGGAGCAGCUACAACAUGUUAUGUUGCUCUGCACCCAAGUCUGAAGGAGGUAACGGGAAAGUACUUUGCAGAUUGCAAUGAAGUGACUCCAAGCAAACUUGCUAGAGAUGAGACUUUGGCACAAAAACUCUGGGAUUUCAGCGUUAAGCUCAUCAACUCUGUCUCGAAAAAGAACUACCUUGGUUUCGAGGACACAAGCUAAAGAAUUAAUAAGAAGAAUCUCUUGUUGUCCCUUAAGAGUGAAGAGUGAAAUGUGUGAGAUAUGGAUGUGAUGUAUUGUUUCAAAAAAAACGAUGUUAUCGAGUGAAUAUGUUCGUGAUCAUCUUUUCAUAGCAUGGACAAUAAAAAAGGGUUGUUCACAACUUGAUUAUUA